CUCAAUCCAAUCAAAUGGAGAGACGCAAUUACGGCAAAUGGUAUCCCCGCUUUAUUGAAAGGAUCAGAUUCGAGUAAUGGUCCGUUUAAGCGAUCAUUGAUAUUCCCGAACGCAUACGGCAACGUUUUGGAAGUGGGUGCUGGGACCGGGAUGACCCUCAAGUACUACAAUGUAGACAAGAUAAAUCAUAUCUAUCUGAUGGAGCCAUGUGUAGAAUUGCAUGAUGAAUUACGACGAUCCAUCGCUGCAAUUCCCGCUUUGAAGGAUAAGACGACAAUCUUAUCUUGUGGUAUCGAAGAUCGCAAAGACUUAGAAAAAGCAGGCGUUUUUCCAGGUACAAUUGAUACAAUUUGUCUGGUCCAGGUCUUGUGCUCUAUACACGAGCCAGAAAAGCACAUCGCCAUGCUUCAUUCAUUACUCAAAUCUGGUGGUCAAUUACUCUUAUUCGAGCAUGUCAUCUCACUAGAUCCAAUCACCAUUAUCAUCCAAAAAAGCUUCACAAGUCUGAUUUGGAAACAUGUCGCGGGAAAUUGUCAUCUAACUCGAGAUCCUUCCAAAAUGUUCUCCGUACAAGCUGGUUGGAAGAAUGUGUCGCUCACCAAACCUAAAGGUGAAGGCGGUCAAGAUUUGUUCCCCCAUCAAGUUGCACAAUACCUCAAA